AAACGAAUGCAAAGGGUAACAUCGGGUCAGCUUUGUUUGUCAAAGUUGUUUAGCAACAAUUUCAAAUGUGUUCUCUUAUCAUUUUUAAUAUUAACUAAAUUGCAGAUGGAUUUAAGUUAUUAAAUGUAAUAAUAGAUCAAUAUUAGUUGUAUUCGAUGGAUAUAUUAAAACGACCUGUUUGCAGAUUCUCUCAUUCAGUACCAGAAUACGCUGAUCCAAGCUCGCAUAUAGUUUGAUUGACAUACUUGCAGUUUUCAGUUGAAGAUCAUGAGGGUUGUGUUAGUGCUUUUGUUAGGAUAUGUACAUCUUGUGGUUGGAUCCGGAGAUUUGGGAGUCCCAACAUCCAUGAAACCACAACAGUCUAAUUGCUCAUCUACUAUAAUUACCACCUGUUUUGCUGCCUUGGGUGAACUUGAAACCGAAGGACAUCUUAACAAACGAGACACAAAAGCUCCGAACGACUGUGCUAUAUUAAAAGCUUUGGUGGAUUGCGCCUCUGGCUACCCACAAUGCAACUCAGAUAAUUACGUAACAAUGGGGCGUGCAAUAGUAUUGGUGUUAGCGCGUCUAAGAAAUGUGGGACUUUGCCGGGGUGAUCGAAACAGAGUGGACCUCACAAAACUUAUGUCUCUCGUUGCCGGAACAAGUGUGGCGGCAAAAAUUGGAUUCACUGAUGGAUUUACAUGUAGAGAUGUGUGUAUCCCGAGUGUGGACGCUAAAUGUUUCAACCAUUUCCAUAAAUCUCUCGAUCGCUAUGGUAUGUGCAAAGCAGCAGAUGGUCUGUCCAGUUGCCUCCUGAAAGAAACAAAAUGUUCGUCACAUUAUGUUUUUGAAAUACAAAGAGUCCUUGAAAUGCAAACAAUUGUUGAUUAUCUGCAGACAGAAGGACGGUGUCUGUCAAGACAGUAUGAACGUUUUAGUUAAGCACCAUCACAAACAACACCGCGGUAGCGCCAUCGCGGAUGAAACGACUACAGCCUUUUUCUUAUCAGUGACCCCAAAGAUCUUCAAAUAAAAUGUUUUGAUCGACAAUAUUGAGAUGAGAAUAAUUCAAUAAAAAAAUCAUCUGAAUGAUAUAA